AUGUCCACACCUACGGCACAUAAAUAUUUCGAUCAAGCACACUCUGAGUGGGAUAUUAUAGACUUUCUAAACGAUUCUAGUGAGAGCGAAUUUGAAGAUCUAAAUCUCGGUCAGAAGAUAGGAAUUUAUCUAAAGUCUCUUGAGGUCAUCAUGGAUGCUGAUAGUGGACAAAGGGCAUCAUCGCCACUCAAUUAUCGGGUGCUAAAUUAG